GCCAACCCUAACUUCUCCAACAAGGAAUCUCGGCAAUAACAAACAAAACAAAAGAAUCGUAAAACCUCCGUCAAGACCAAACUGCAUCGGUCUGAUUCGAACCCCAAACGAAUCAGACAAUAGCAAGAGACACUCCUUCGAAUAUACCAAACUUCAUUCUUUGAUCUUUUUUUUUAAAAGGAUGCUAAUAUCGCGUUUCCUAGGGUUUCUUGAUUUUCAUUGAUCUUGUUUCAAGAACAUGGGAAGCUUUCGUCGCCGGACUUUUUCAUACGAUAAACUUCCCGCCGAACCCAUUAGGCUCUCCGUUCUCAAACUAGAUGGCACGACCUUCGAUGUUAAUGUAACGAGCUCGGCAACCGUUAGGGAUCUCAAGCUUGCCAUAGAGACUGCCUUCAGCCACGUCCCAAAGAAGGGACCCUCCAAAAUCUCAUGGUCACACGUGUGGGGACAUUUCUGCUUAUGUUAUGGGGGUCAGAAGUUAGUCACCGAUACAGAGUGCAUCGGAAGUUAUGGCAUGAAGGACGGUGAUGAGGUAAGAUUUAAGAACCAUGUGUCUGGCGGCAAUGCCGUAUUGAACAAGGGAUACUCUAGGAAAUCCAAACAAAAGAAUUUAGAACGGUUAGGGCCAAAAAAUGAAGAUGGGGAAGUGAAUAGAGUGGAGGAGAUUGAUCACGGCUCUUGGGAUGAUAUUGAGAAAGGAAGCUUGGUGAGGUAUGAGGAUGAUGUCUUGGAAGUUUCACCAGGAGAAAACAGGACUUGUCUAACCACUGUCCACGGUUGCUGCUUUGCUUUUGGUCUGAAGGAGCUUCUUGGGUUUGGCAAUGACAAAAGCUAUUACUCUUUGAGAGAUACAUGGAGAGACGACUAAUUGAUUUUUGUUUUCUAUCGGUAAAGAGUUUUGGUCGCAGGACACAUUUAUUUAACUUUGUAAUCACAACAAAAUGAUCAAAGUAUCAUGUUAUAUUACAAAGGAUAGUAAUGUUCAGGGAAGCUUUAUACAAUGAUCAGUAAGUACUACAUAUUGUGCCUUAAACAAAAGUGGAAACAAACAGAGCCUUUGGCAGAUAACCACAAGAAAAAAAAAACAACUCCAAAGGAGCUGUAAAUAGUGACCAAGAAGAUACACCAAAAGCUCUGCAACACCAUGACCUAAAACCAAAGAACAAAGAUUCCCACCAGAACUGGACUGAACAUACAA